AUGCGCUCCGUUAGUUUCGUUAAACAUAUCGAAUUGUCUUUUUUCGGUAACAUUCAUCAAAGUGCUUUAUGCCUUGGUGAUGUCGAUAACGACGGUAACGACGAACUGAUCAUCGGAAAUACCGAUGGCAACUUGUUCAUUUAUAAAGAGCAAGAAUGCGUUCAGAUUAUCAAUUCUUUAGGCAUGAUUACAGCCGUAGGAGUGGGCGACAUUUUGAAAUGCGGAAGUAAUGUUUUAAUAGUUAUUGCUGGCGACGGCUGGUGUCACAUUUACUUAUGCCUUAGUGGUACCUCCGAAGAUAAUACUUCCGAAUCACCCUCUUUCAAACUGAAACCUGUUUAUGUACAAAGGAUACCUGCCAACACUAAGACUUUAUUGAUUGGCGAUAUUGACGACGACGGGUGUUUGGAACUCGUAUUAGGACUCACUGACCGAGUAGUCAGAUCGUACAGAUGGAUGCAGAAUUUCACCGGAGGAAGAUUGGUUUGUCUGAAUAAAUGGGAAUGCGCCAAUCAAAUCGGUAACGUGACUCUAUCUUAUGACAUUAAUCAACAACCUUGUUUGUUGAUUUCUCAACCGGGUGGAACAUUCAUGAAAAUACAGUGCCAUACCAAUCAAAAAUCUGACAGCGCUCAAAUGACUGUCAAAUAUCAUCCUUCGAUGUCUACCAAAAUAAGGAAUAAUGGGAUAUCGUCAAAAAUCAUCGGUAACUUGCACAUGUAUCAACGUGAUCGUGAUAUGAAACAAAAUGAGUCCAGUUUACCGUACGCAAUUGCUACUUUAGAUGGUACUCUGAUGUUGUUCAAAGAUGAAAAAAUGUUAUGGUCCUAUCAUGUUGACCAGCAACUAUUCGUAUUGAAUAAAAUGGAUGUCACCGGCGACGGCAGCGUUGAAUUGAUAGCUUGUUCUUGGGAAGGUUACACGUAUAUUUUAGAUCAGUACAAGAAUGCAAUCAAAUUUCAAACCCAAGAACCAGUUGCGGACUUUUGUGCUGGUUUGUAUAAGCUGAAAAUGACGCCGAAGCCAGUUCCAUGCUUAAUCUACGCCACAUUUCAUAAUAAGAUUUUAAUAUUCUACGAUGUUGGUUUUCCCGAUAUUACUGCCAAAAAUUUGAUACAAUUGAUCGAGCAGAAAGAAGAUGAACGUGAUGAACGUGAAAGUAAGUCGAGCCCUUCGUUAGAAAAUAUUCAUCGUCUUAAAAAAAUCUCAACCAAAAAAUUAUUACUCAACUGGUGCCUAUACGGUAAUCAUAAUUUACGCUCUUAGCUGCUGAGCGUGAUAUUUAUUUAGCGUUUUAUUAAUACUUCAUUUGUUUUUGUUUUCUUUUAUUGUAAUAUUUUGACUGAUUUAUGUAGUGAUAUAAUAGGAACAUUUUAAUGGUGU